GUUGGCGCCGCGGGCAGGGAGGGCGGGCUGCGCGAGUGGGCGCGGGCCGAAGGGCCAGAAAGUCCACGCCGGAGAUGGACUUUUAAUGGUGGAGAGACUUCUGCAGCCACAGGGGGAGGAUAUCAGCACUUAAAGACUUCUUAAAGACUCCUGGCUCCAGGGAGCAGCGUCAGGGGAAGGGGGACAAUGGUCUCGGUGACGAUGGCCACUUCCGAGUGGAUCCAGUUCUUUAAGGAAGCCGGCAUUCCUCCGGGCCCUGCUGUCAAUUACGCCGUGAUGUUCGUGGACAACAGGAUCCAGAAGAGCAUGCUGUUGGACCUCAACAAGGAAAUCAUGAACGAGCUGGGCGUGACUGUGGUCGGGGACAUCAUCGCCAUCCUCAAGCAUGCCAAGGUGGUGCACCGCCAGGACGUGUGCAGAGCUGCCACUGAGUCCGCGCCCUGCAGCCCCAGCCCCCUCCCGGGCGAACUUCGUCGAGGCCCCUCCAGCGCGGCCUCCCGAAUGAUCGCCAACAGCCUGAACCGCGACUCCCCACCCGGGACGCCCCCCAGGCGGCCAGAUACCAGCACCUCCAAGAUCUCGGUCACUGUGUCCAACAAGAUGGCGGCGAAGAGCGCCAAGGCUGCUGCCCUCGCCCGCCGGGAGGAGGAGGCCCUGGGUGUUCCCGCCAAGCGGCGCCGGGUCACUGCCGAGAUGGAAGGGAAAUACAUCAUCAACAUGCCCAAGGGCACCACCCCCCGGACCCGCAAGAUCCUGGAGCAGCAGCAGGCGGCCAAAGGUCUCCACAGGACGUCCGUGUUUGACCGCCUCGGCGCCGAGACCAAGGCAGACACUACGACAGGGAAUAAACCCACAGGAGUCUUCAGCCGCCUGGGGGCCACUCCAGAGACGGAUGAGGAUCUGGCUUGGGACAGUGACAAUGACAGCAGCAGCUCUGUCCUGCAGUACGCUGGGGUCUUGAAGAAACUCAGCCGGGGUCCAGCCAAGGCCAGCCCCCAGCCGGCACUGACUGUCAAAGCCAAGGCCACGAGCUCGGCAGCUCCAGCCGCUGCCCCCACCCUGCGGCGCCUGGCGCUUCCCCCACGCCCUGGACUAGAGAGGAAGCCCGAGUCCCUGUCCAAAGUCAGCAUCAUCCAGAGACUAGGCAAGGCUGCCCUUGUGCCCGAGGCCCAGGACAGCCAGGUCACGAGCACCAAGAGCCCGACUGUCCGCUGCGUCCUGCCUGACCCUCCUGCUCCUCCAGUCUCCCAGCGGCCCCCUCGUCGGCGGUGGCGUCCAGCCUGUAAAGACUGUUAGCUGCCCUCACUCCCAGGCUGCAGGGACCUCCCCAGACCCUGGGCUGCGCCUGGGCACCUCCAUUUUCCUGCCCUGGGCAUCUUUUUCUCUGAAAUUCGGUGGCAGGUGGUGGGCCGGGCACUGGGAAGGGAGCCCAGCGCCGAGAGAAGACCACUGUUUUAAUAUAUUUUUGUGACUUUCAGACCGUUUCCCUGCCCUCCUUCAGGGUGAGUCACGGGGCUGCUUUUCCUGCAAAGCACAGCGUGGGUGGGGGCUCGCUGGCAGGCUGGUGUCCAGUGCCCUGCACACACGGGGCCUCGUCUUUGCUGCAGCCCCCAAGUGCAAGGCAGUCACGGUCAUGGUCUCCCCGCCCGCAGGCUCCCUUUCCCCAGCAAGCUGCAGUGGGUCCGGCCUCUGCCGCCUCCCGCCCCCCAGAUGUCACCUGUGACUGCCACUCUGCCUGCCAGAGUGGCUGCACCAUUCCGGACGCCAUGGCUUUCUGUAGACUUGAUUGUUCACACACGCACACUGCCUCUGGGCAGGCUGGCCCCCCACCCUGAGCCGGCAGCCAGCCCUGCGGCCUGGCUGGGUCAAGGGGGGAGAGUACAGUGAGUGGGCAGAGCACUGUCCCAACGCGGCGCCGUGAGCGAGCGAGACGCUCCACGGAGGAGGUGACGGGAAGUGCCCUGUGAAGUUGGAAAGGAGAGAGUUGCAGGCGGAGGAAGCAGCCAAGACAGAGGCCCAAGGUGGGACGGGGCGUGGAGAGGGCUGAGUGGCAGGCUUGACUGGUGAGGAGCGAGGCUGGCCAGGAGCCUGUGGCCAGCGCGAGCAGGGUGCGGCCAGGAGCCAGGUCACCGGGCCUCUCACCCAGAGAGGAGUUGGACAUAGCCCGGGACCCCAGGAUUUCAGAGGCUGUGGAGCAGGUGAAAUGAUCGAGGGGCUUCCCGGCUGUGGCUGCUGCAGGGGAGUGGGCAGGCGGGGGAGCAGGGGCAGCGCACGGCCGGUCCACCCUGGUGGGGGUGCGGAAGGGAGGUUGGAGGAGCCGCAGGUGGGCCAGGAGGGUGGUGGCUUGGACUGCUGGCUGGGAGGUGAGCUGCUGGUGGGUGCAGGGCUCGGGGCCCGCAGGGUUCACAGCCAGCUCAGGGGACUCCUGUGUUCAGAAAGGGGCCUAGAGAGAGGACGCAGAGGGACCUGGGGCCGCUGCCCCCUGGAGGAUCGACUCUGCUAAGGGGUGGCUGAGGUGGUCCGGGCUGGGUGAGCUGGGAGGGCAGCGAGCAUGAGAUGGGACAUGGUCACGGGUCGUUUCCUCUUUAUUGUAAAGCGGGCGUCACAGAAUUUCCCAUGCCAAGGGACCCCGGUACUGAGUGUGCACGCAGAGUGUGAAGUAUAUUGUGCUGUCCAGCCUCGGUCCAGGCCUGUCCUCACCUUCAUUUUCGCCGCCCAUUUUCAGUCAGGCAGUGUCCAGGCAGGAGGGCUGGACCCACCUCCUGGUGCGGACCCAGGCUAGACCCUCAUGGGGUGGGGCCGUGAUGCUCAGAAGAUUCCAGGACUCCCAUGCCAGUGCCACCAAGAGUUCCUCAUGCCGGGGCACAUUUCCAGCUGGUCUUCAGCUCCCUUUUCCCUACCCUUUAACAAACUUCUGGUUCCACCUCAUGGGUGAUUUUAGCAAGAGCCAGGUUCAUGAGAGUCCUAGUGACUGAAUUUAAGAGCCCAUGGUAAUUUCUAGAGGUUUAAUUGGAACCACAGCAGUAGCAAAACGCAGCUGGCACACACCACCUUACCUGCGGCAGGUAAGUCUGGUCGGGGCCACUCUAGGCGAGGGCCGGACCCAACUGGCAGGUGGCUGCUCUGGGCUCGAUGUCGGGAUGGCUGGGAUCCUCACCCCAGCACUGGUCACCCCUCACCCCUCCAUUGUUGUCUCAAUUGCAGAUUUGAAAUGGCCCAUUUGGAAAGUGGGUGGGUAUCUUAGGAUGGUUACUUUGGGAUUCUAGCAUUCUCUGUGUGUCCUGUUCCCCCUGCCUUGGUCAGCACGACCCAGCAAGUGUUUGUGCCCUGGGCCUGAGAGUCGCCUCCUGCCCCCCACACCCCUCGCCACCGUCUACAGGGACCAGCGCCACUGUGGAAGCCCAAGAUGUCCCCCACCCAUUAGGGGUUUCCCCAAACAGUGACCCACAUGGGGCGGAUUUCCGCCCCCCGCUCUGGUUUUCAGCGUGUUUGAGCUUAUAUAGUGAUACAGAGUUCAGCAUGCACACAACAGAAAGGGUUUAGCAGUGAAGUUUCCCCCGGCCCCCAAACCCCCUGCCAGUGUCGCUGGGGCCUGCGGUAACCUCCGUGGCGUGUUCACGUGCGUGCAUAGUGCUCACUCGUCCACGCGAGCAGAGGGACAGCGCCCGCAGGCACCUUAGCUGCCCGGUGAAUGCAAACAGCACACACUCACGGCGUGACUGACAGAAUCCGGUUAUGUGGAUGGGAGCGGCUGCUUUCAGCCUCCUGCUGUUACGGGCAGGUGGUGCAGC